AUGGAGGGCCGCAAGCAGGGACGCCCCGAGGAGGAGCUCUUCUUGCGCCCUGCAGACAGCAACCCGCAGACGCCGACGGUUGGGCCCUUGAGGAUACAAAAGGGUCGCGACGGCAUGAGCCCGCCGCCGCGAACAGACUCGGCGGGCAGCUCCAGCCAGGCACAAAGCCAGCCCGCAUUCUCGCGCCCGCCGCCCAUGCCCUCGUUCCCCGCGCCGCCUACAGCACCGCCCACCGCCCCUCUGCCUUACCCCGACGACCGCCCGCCCAAGCAGCCGACGCUGGGCUCUGGACGCUACACGCCCCUCAGCGAGAGGGAGCGCGCGACCAAGAAUGCGACGCCCCCGGAGGCAGACGGCCGGCGGCGGGGCUCCAAUGCGACGGGCCCGAGUCCCACCUCCCCCAGCCAGCGCGCGCGAUUUGAAGCUGGCGACCCGAACCGGCCGACGGUGGGAGGAUACGGCGGCAGGAACGCAGACGGUAGCAUCCAGCCCUCGAGGCUGGCGGAGCGCAGAGGCACUGCGCCCAAGCCGCUGCCCGAGUCGCCUGGCCCAGAGACGCCCGAUAAAGAGGGCCUCUUUGCGAAACCACCCUCGAGACAGGCCAGCGAGCCCGCCGUGAACCCGUACCCCGACUACCACCAGCAGUACUGGCCACCGCCCAACGCCAAUGCCCCCGCAGCGCCGUCCUCGAAGCCGCCGGAGCCCUCAGUGCUCAAGAUACCGAACCCUGGGGGCGUCAACCGCCUAAGUUCGACCGCGUCCACCUCGACCGUGCGGGCGCAACGAGGCUCUCCCCCACCUCCCGAGACUCCCAUCAUUCCCCCGCCCGGCGGUGGCAUCGAAGCGCGCUUUGCUGCAGCUGGCAUUGCCGGGAACAUCGACGUUGACCAACCUACAAGCACAGAGCGCACAGAAUGCAGCAGCAGCGCAGCGGAAAUCAGGUGUAUGCGAACCAGCAGCCCCGCCCGAGCAUCGUUUCGCCAGGCCCUGCCACAGCAGCAGCAACAGCCUGCGCGCAGGCCAUGGACUCCCACCGAGCAGCCUGGCAGCAAUCCCCAUGGCCCUCCACAGGUAUACCAGGGCAUGGAUACUGUCGGACCAUCCAGUUCGCCUCCUCAGGGACCACUGCCACAAGCUCCCGUACAGCACUUCUCCCCGCCUCCCACCAAUGUCCCGUCCAACAUGCCUCCCGAGCACCCCAUGAACCAUGACAUGGGUCGUCUGCACAUCAGCGAGGAACCGCCGCCAGCAUACUCGAGUCUGACUCAACCGCCUACAAAUCAGGCCCAGAGCUACCCCAACGAGAAGGGACAGCAGCAGCCCGCGCAGGGCGUAUCGUUGGCAGACCCGAACCAAGGCCAUCCUGCAUUUGCAAACGACCCACGACAGCAGGCAGGGCCAUCACAGCCAGCAGCCGUUAUCUCGCCAACGCCUACCACGAGUAAUUUCCCGCAACAGGCCCAAUCAGUUCAGCCAGGUCACACACCCAGUCCUGCGCCUGGCGCUGGCCCGGGACCGGGACCAGCGUCACCACCUCCCCUACCUGAAGGCUGGAUAGCACAUCUCGAUCCGAGCUCUGGACAGUACUACUACAUUCAUCUUCCUACGCAGUCAACACAGUGGGAGUUCCCUAAAGGUCCAACGCCUCUGAACUUGAACGAGCCCAUGUCGCCAACCGGGACCUUUGUCAAUCCUCUGAUGAGCCCUGUGGGUUUUGGCAAGGCUCCUAUACAGUCACCUGGUUUCCAGCCUCAGACACCUGGCUUCUCCGGAGACUUUGGCAUGGCACCACUCGCCACUCCUACCGCCGCAGGCUUCACGGGCCCACCACCGGUUGCUGGCGUAGACCAGUACAAGGUCAAUCCUACGAAUGGCGUCUACUUCGGCCCAUACCUGCGAUACACAAAUAUGGAUCUUGAGCGUGGUCUCUGGCUUGGCUCGAUUCUCCUCAUCACCAACACACCUCACCCUCCCACGAUCCACAUCCAUCAAAGCCAAGACCUGUCUCCCAACCCACGACAACUGAAGGCCAAUCCAAUCUACACCCACCAGACCUGGAUCUUCUACCGCUACGACAUUGAUCUCAAGAUGGACGAAGAGCACGCUGCGAAGUGGACGUAUGCAAUUACUUCGCAUCUCGGCUGCACACGUUUCGAGUUCUUGGUUGCAGGACGUCACGAGACGAGCUGGCGCUUCAUUGCGCAUUCUGGCAACGACUUUGCGCUUAAUGUCAAUGCUAACGAGAGGACGAAGCUCGGCGGCAUUGGCCUCAUGUGGAAGGACAUUCUGCAGAAGAACGCCGAGUGUGGUGGUUUCCAUGUACAGCUAGGACUUGGUGGUCAAAUCUACGCAGAUCGACUGUGGAAAGAACUGCCUCUACUGAAGCAAUGGACGGCUACGAGCGGUAAGGAGAUCCGUAAGAAUGCUCCCUGGACGGCAAAGCAUGAGGAGGAUGUCUGCCAUGCAUACUUCCACUACUACACCAGCCACUUUGACCAACCGCAUCUGAGAGAAGCAUUCGCUCAGAUACCGCACAUCCUUGCACUCGACGACCAUGAUAUCUUCGAUGGCUUUGGUUCAUACCCAGAGUACAUGCAGUUUUCCAACAUGUUCAAGAAUAUUGGAAGACUCGGUAUUGAGAUGUACUUGCUUUUCCAGCAUCACACCACUCUUGAAAUCCUCCGCAAUGUCAGCAACGACAUGGAUCUUUUCACCGUCACUGGCACUGGGUGGCACUUCAUCAAGUACCUUGGUCCCUGUGUAACAGUCGUGGGGCCCGACUGCAGAUCUGAGCGCAAUCCUCAUCAGGUCAUGGCCGGGCCAACGUAUCAAGGCAUCUUCCCCAAGGUGGCGACCUUGCCACCAAGUGUCCAGCACUGCAUAUGGAUGGUGCCUGUGCCCAUUGUGUACCCUCGUUUGGAGUCUGUCGAGCACCUUGCACACUCCAUGGCGACUGGCAAGAAGGUCGCUACCGGAACCUUCAACAUGCUGGGCAAGGUCACUAGUUCUGUUGCUGGUGUUGUCGGCGCUAAGAGCGUAGUCGGAGAUGGCUUCAGUUCCGUUAAGAAAGCACUGGGCAAAUCUGGCCUCAUGAGUGGUGUGCUUAGUCCGUUUGGAGACAUUGAUAUCCUUGAUGAGUUGAGGGACCAGUGGACGCAUGACUCCAAGGAUCUCGAAAGGACAUACCUUAUCCGAACACUCCAAGGCAUUGCACAUAACAAAUCGUUGCGGAUGACCUUCUUCUCUGGAGCGGUCGAUUGUUGCGGUGCCGGUCUUGUACACGACCCAUCGCGACCACAAGACCACAAGACGAUGUACCAGAUCAUCUCUGCGUCUGUCGUCAAUGGUCCACCUGGAAGCUACACGCUCCGCCUCCUGCACAACAACCGCGCGCUAUAUGUCCCACAAAACGGGCACCGUAGCAACCACCAGCCAACUGAUACCAAGGAAGACAUGAUGGAGAUCUUUACCCAAGAUGUCAAUGGUCAGCCCCGUGAGUACAAGAGGUUGAUGGGCCGAAGAAACUACGUUGCGUGCGUCAUCUACGACCCGGAGAUUGUCAGCGGCACUUUCGGACAAACGGUGUCCGGUCAUGGAAGUGGGAAGCUCAGCCUGGCUGUUGACUUCAUGGUCCAGAACGAUGGUGGAUACAGCGCGCCGAUGAAGUACGGACCAGUCAUUGUGCCAAGUCUGGAAAUUUCCGUGCAGCCACCACAUCUUCUACACGACAAUGGCAACUUCUUCGAUACAGGCAACGGCGGUGCCGCGAUUCCUUCUACCGCAGUUUUCAUGGUCAGCGAGGGCUGUCCGACCGACUGCGCUUGGUCUUCACCUGCUCGCCAACAUUGCGCCGCGGCACCGAUCACCACAGCACUUCAGCAACAGCUUGCACGGCAAUCGCUGAGGACAAAGCCACCAUUUGUUACCGGCUGCGCGUCUCCUUUUGAGCUCCGUCGCCACUUCAGCGCGAGCGCCCCGCAGCAGAAAGACCACCACUUCGACACGCUCAAGUUUGUGCAGAGGUUGAAAGAUGAGGGCUUCACGGAAGAGCAAGCGGAGGGUAUGAUGCGGAUUCUCAGCGAUGUCAUUGAGGAGAGCAUUCAAAACCUCACACGAACCAUGGUCCUCCGUGAAGACCAGGAGAAGGCGACCUACACCCAGAAAGUCGACUUUGCGAAGCUGCGGUCUGAGCUCAUGACGGCCGACUCGACCGAAUCCUCCCUGACCCGCGCAUCCCACGAGCGUCUCACAAACGAGCUGGCGAAGCUCAACUCCAGAUUACGCGACGAGAUACAACGCACACAAGCAUCUGUCCGGCUGGACCUGAAUCUCGAGAAGGGCCGCAUCAGGGAAGAGGCAAACGUGCAAGAGCUGAAGCUCAAGGAGACCGAGACCAGGAUAGAACAGGAAACGGCGCAAUUACGAGAGCGACUUGAGGCUGUCAAAUUCUCGACAUUGCAGUGGUUGAUGGGUGUUUGCACGGGUACCGCGGCGCUCAUGCUCGGUGUCUGGCGUCUUCUGAUGUGA